AAUGUUUUCAUGACUGCAGCGGUGCGCCCACAGUCACAGCACAGGCCACCACUGUCUAUCUAUGCACACAACAAACCAUGCACCUCGCCUGCAACCCAUGGACACGCUGUCAAAAUGCAAGUUAUACACGUGGGGCGCAAACAGUUAUGGGCAGUUGGGACAUGGGAACGCCGAAGACCUGGCGAGUCCACGACAUGCUGAAUCGUCUCUCUUGAAGGGCGUGAGUUGCAUCACCGGUGGAGGUGGACACUCAGUUCUCAUCACAGAUUCCGGUUCGCUGCUAGUUUGUGGACAGAACCACAAAGGACAGCUUGGCCUGGGUCACACCACGGAGGUGUUGACUUUUGUUCCCCUCUCUCUAUCAAGCCCUGUUCAACAGGUGUGCUGCGGGUGGGACUUCACCCUCUUUCUCACUGACAGUGGCCAGGUGCUUUCGUGCGGCUCCAAUGCUUUCGGCCAACUGGGGGUGUCGCAGCAGGUGCCUUAUUCUGCAGAGUCUCUCUCAGUCCAGUCUCUGGACGAGCCUGUCGUCAGUAUAGCAGCUGGACUCAGACAUGCUCUUGCUGUGACAUGUAGUGGUGGUGUGUAUCAGUGGGGUAAAGGGAUGCACAGUCAGGCCAAACGAUGUAGACUUGACUCUGUUGUGCCGUCUUACCUGUCUUCUAAAGAGCCUUGUAAAGUUCCAGGUCUGGAUCAUGUGACCUCUGUAAAAGUAGCUGCAGGCUCCACCCAUUCUGCGUGUCUCACAGCAGGGGGAGACGUCUUCCUGUGGGGCAGUAAUAAGUAUGGGCAGCUGGGGCAUGCUGACUCAUUCCUGCCCCUUCCUGUGGCCUUAGACCGCUCACUGUUCAACGGAGAGAGUGUUGCUCACAUACACAGCGGCUGGACACAUCUCAUUGCCUCAACUGAGAGUGGCUGCGUCUUCACCUGGGGAAGAGCUUGUUAUGGACAGCUUGGCAGACCGGUGCCAGCCAAUGAGGGCACAGACCAUGGCGGAGAUGCAGCUCAGACAGGAAGCUCACCCAUACCACACCGUGUUCCCACAGAGAUCUCUCAUCUCGCUGGAGCUUCACAGAUUGCCUGUGGAUCUGAACACAAUCUGGCUGUUAUAGGGGAUUGUCUGUUCUCCUGGGGAUGGAACGAGCAUGGAAUGUGUGGAGACGGAUCCCUUUGUGACGUCAUGCGCCCGCAGCCAAUCCCUGCCCUCCGAGCCGCCAGGCCCGUGCUGAUUGGCUGUGGAGCGGGACACUCCAUGGCUCUGUGCUGCUUGAAGGACAGGGAGGUGGAGGACUGUGCGACCGCUUCUGCAGCUCCAGCUGAAGGUGAAAGUGUUUAAGGCACUCGCCUGCCCUUGCUGCUAACGCUAACGGUCACAUGAGAGUGUGACUUAACGGAGUCCUUGUCCUCCCACACACACGCACACUGCAAGGACACAGCCCUUUAUGACUACAUUUCAAUAUGAGUAAACACAGAGAGAAUGAGACCCCUUUAUUGUGUUCUACUCUCAUGAGAAUGACUACAGUAUGUGUUUAGACUAAGCGGUAUUUUAAUGAGUAUUUAUGUGCCGUGUGGCUUCGCUACGGAGUCCCAGUAGAGCGGUGUAAACGGAGGGGAGGGGGAGUGUGUGUUUAGAGCUCUCUGUCACCGGCGCUUGCUCAGCCCCGCACACAUUAGAUCAUUACAGCCGCGUACAGUACACGCUCCUGCUGUGGGAUGUGCUCCAUCAUGGGGUAGUUUUAUGGCCCUCAACAUGAUUGACCCCCAUUGGGGCUGUCUAGCCCAGGGAACUGAUGUCUAGACUCCCGACUCCUCCUGACUCUAGGAGAAUACUAUGGCAUUAUGAUGAUCAUAUCACUCCACUGAAUGGAGCAUAAAUUCAGGUGUCAUGUUAAACUCUUUGUCAGUGUUUGCCUGGUAGCAUUAAUAAAAGAAAUGGCUUUUGGUU